UGUCUCAAUCCUUUAAAUAGUGUUUAAGCUGCAGCAGGAGACAUGGCGGAGAAGAGGAUGACGAGGAAGCGGUCCACGUCCUGGCCCUCUCCUUUAACGUCUGACACGCCCCCCCGCUCCAGCAGUGGGACCAGGCCAAAGUCCAGCGCUCCUAGUGUUUCUCUGGGUGAACGAUCCAUGGGCGACCCGCUCUACUUUGGUGUAGAUGAGCCAAAACGGUCCCACUCGAGUGAGGUCGCUGCUCCCAGUGUUGUCUCUUUUAAGAGUGAACGAUCCAUGGGCCAGCCGAUCAACUUUGCUGUUAAAAAGAAACAAAGCAAGCUGACAGAGCCGUCCAGCUGUCCCAUGUGUUUGGAGGUUGUGAAGGAUCCAGAGCGUUUGACCUGUGGACAUUGCCAAUCAUCAUGCCAACAGUGUUUAGGCUCAGACGAACCCUGUGCAAAAUGUGGAAAUAAACUCAGAAAAGAUCCCAGACACCAGAAAGAUACUGAGGAAGACAAGAAGGCCGGUCGUCUAUUGAAUGCAAAGAAGAAUCUUAAAAAAGACACAGAGAAUAAAUUUACUUGGACGUCUGAAGGUUUUGGUGACCAAAAGAACGACCUGAACAGCAUCUACACGACACUCUUCCUCAACCCUGGAGGGAGUGAAGGGACACAUGAAGAACAAUCCUUCAGACAUUUCAAACGUACAUUGGAAAAACAACUAUCUACAGAAAAAUGUAUCCACAUAAAGGACAUCUUCAAACAGUCAUCUGGACUAAAGAAACCACCCAGAACCGUCCUGACGAAGGGCGUUGCAGGAAUAGGAAAAUCAUUUUCCGUGCAGAAAUUCAUUCUGAACUGGGCCAAGGAGGAAGCUAACCAGGACGUUGAUUUUGUUUUCCAUCUUGCUUUCCGCGAGCUGAAUCUGAGUACAGAAAACAAAAGCUUGCUUGGGCUCCUGACAGAGUAUCACCCUGCAAUCCAUGAACUGAAAGAUCAAGAAGAUUUCAUCCAAGCCAGGGUCGUCGUGAUCUUGGACGGCCUGGAUGAAAGCAGACUUCCACUGGACUUUGAGAACAAGCCGGUAACAUCUGUCAGUGAAGUAACAUCUGUGGGUAAUCUCCUAGCGAACCUCAUCCAGGGAAACCUUCUUCCCGAUGCUCGCCUCUGGAUAACAUCACGUCCAGCAGCAGCCAAUCAGAUCCCUGCAGAGUUUGUUGACAUGGUGACAGAGAUAAGAGGGUUCAGUGACCCACAAAAAGAAGAAUACUUCAGGAGGAGAUUCAGUCGUGAUUUGGGCCUUGCUGACAGGAUCAUUUCACACAUUCACUCUUCACAGAGUCUCGACGUCAUGUGCCAGAUCCCGAUCUUCUGCUGGAUUUCAGCCGUAUUAUUUGAGGAGAUCUUUGGGGGAGGUGAGAAAGCUGAAACCCCCCAAACUCUCACAGAGAUGAUGGCACAUUUCCUGUUUGCCCAGACAAAACGCAGAAGCAGAAAAUAUGGCGAGAAGACUGAGAAAAACCAAGAGAGACUUCUGAAGACACACAAGGAUUUUCUUCUAAAACUCGGCAAGCUCGCAUUUGUUCAGCUGCAGAAGAACAACCUCAUCUUCUACAAUGAAGACCUGGGAGACUGUGGCGUUGACACACAAGAGGCAUCCAUCUACUCUGGAUUUUGCAGCGCAGUUCUUAGGGAAGAAGAAGUCUUUUCCCAGAAAAAGAUCUUCUUCUUUGUGCACCUGACCAUACAGGAGUUCUUUGCAGCUCUUUUUGUCUAUGACUGUUUCACAAACCAGAAUACAAAAGAGUUCGGCAACUUCCUCGACCUGAAGGACAAAGAACAUACCUUACUUGAUCUUCUGAAGAUGACCGUUGACAAAGUGUUGGAGAAAAAGAACGGCCACCUGGACUUCUUCUUGCAAUUCCUCCUUGGCCUCAUGGUUGAACCCAACCGGAGAGUCCUUCAGGGUCUGCUGACAUCGCUGGACCCAAGCCAAGAUACAGACAAGAAGAUCUUGACUCACCUCAAAGCCAUCCGAAGAAAGGCCCUGUCUCCAGACAGCUGCAUCAACCUCUUCCAGACCAUGGUCGAGAUGAGAGACCACAAAGUCAAAGAUGAGAUUCAGGAAUAUCUCAACCUGUCAGAGCGUUCAAAACCAGAGCUGAAUCCACUGCACUGCUCUGCGCUGGCCUACACGCUGCAGGUAUCAAAAGAUGAUCUGGAUGUGUUGGACCUGAAGAGUUACAACACAUCAGAUGAAGGCCGAAGGAGGCUGAUACCAGCUGUGAGGACCAGCAGAAAGGCCAUCCUGGCAGAUUGCAACGUGACUGAAGAAUGGGUCGAACAUCUGGCUUUUGGUCUCAAGUUCCCCUACUCAGCUCUGAGAGAUCUGGAUCUGAGCAACAAUGACCUUAAAGAUUCAGGAGUAAAGCUGUUCUGUGUUGGACUUUCAAGUCUAUGCUGCAGACUGAAGACACUGAGUCUGUCAGGUUGUCAGGUCACAGAGGAAGGCUGUGGUUAUCUGGCCUCGGCUCUGAAGUCCAACCCUUCCCAUCUGACAGAGCUGGACCUGAGCCACAACAAUCCAGGAGAAUCAGGAGAGAAGCUGCUCUCUGAGCUGAAGAACGAUCCACAAAACAAGCUCACCGAACUCAAUGUUGGACAUGGUGGAAGUCACCGGAUGAAACGGGGAUUCAAGAAAUAUGCCUGUGUUCUCACUUUGGACCCCAACACAGCCCACAAGAACCUCCUCCUCUCUGACGGGAACAGAAAGGUGGCCUGGGUGAAGGAUGAGCAGCCAUAUCCCCCUCAUCCGGAAAGGUUUGAUCUCUGCCAGCAGGUGCUGUGUGAACAGGGUCUAGAUGAGCGCUGCUACUGGGAGGUCGAGGUGGUGGAGCCCUUCAACAUCGGGUUAACGUACAAAAGCAUUGGCAGGAAAGGGGAUGUGAACGAUUGCAAGCUAGGGCCCAACGACAAGUCUUGGUGUCUGAUAUUCUCUGAUAAAGGUUGUUUUAUUCAGCACAGCAGCGACAGAGUCAAUGUUUCUUCCUUUUGCUCACGCUCCAGUCGGGUGGGGGUGUAUCUGGAUUGGCCGGCUGGCACUCUGUCCUUCUACAGAGUCUCCUCUGACAGUCGGACCCACCUCCAUACCUUCAAAGAAACGUUCAACGAGCCCCUCUAUGCCGCUGUUGGACUUCACACUCAUUCCUCUGCAUUAUUUGUCGUCUAACUAAACUUUAACUGCAAUCACACGAGCAACCAAAAUAUGUAGAUUUCCACGUGGAUGGUUGAGACCUGUCCCAUACAACCAAGAGACUAGCGCUCUCCAACUGGUUGUUCAGCCCUGUAUAUCAGUGAUCUUGCAACCAUGGUGAAGAUUCUCAGUGUUGCUGCUCUUUCCCCUACAUCUGAUCUUUAUCAACACUAUCGACAGUAACGCAGCUCAAUGUAACCGUUAAUAAACCUGCACCUUGCAACUAAACCUUAUAU